CGGCCAGUGCCGCUGGCGUCACUUCCGCACACGGACACCGUCGAGCGGGCACCCCCAGCCAGGUGCGCAUGUGUGGGAUUUCGGCGGGAGAACGGAACCGGUCAAACGGGCGGCUGAACGCUUCGUGAAGGAUUUUAAAAUGGCAGAUAGGCUGAUGACAUACGAAACCCAGUUCUUUGGGUUUUCUCCUCAGACUUGUGUUCUCCGAAUUCACAGUGCAAUCCAAGAUUCUCUCCUUGAUGUGAUGCUUGUUGUGGAACGAGUAAUCCUUAAGAAACUGAAAGAGCUCCCAGACAACAGCAUCACACCAUCUCAACUCCGUGCCUGUACAGAGAGUUUUCUCCAGUUGAUGAAAGAUCGUUUGGACGCAAUCUUUGAAAAGGUUGAACAAGGAAUUUUGCAGCAUAUUUUUUGUAUUCCUGAAAAUAUUCUGCUUCCUGAAGACCAUGUUCAAGAGCAGCACUUACACACACAGGAAGAGUACCAGGAACUUUUGAUGGAAAUCUCUCAGCUUCAACAAUGUUAUAAAUGUGAAAUAGCAGCCAAGCAUGCCUUUCUUAGUGAGUUGGAAGAGCAAAAGAUGGCUGAGCUGAAACUGGAGCAGAGGAUUCACUGGUUGAACAGCUUGGAUCAUGUGUGGAAGGAGAAUGGAAUUAGCAGAAUUCCAGAGAGCCUGGCCUUUGUUACAGACUUGGCCCUCAACAUCCCAGCAGUGCUUGCAAAAAUUGAAGAGCAAUACAAGGAUGAAUUAAGACAGAUGCGAGCUGAGAGUGCAUGAAUAAAAAGCGAUUGAUGCAACACAAAAUGUAAUCGAGGUCAGAUCAGGUGAUCGGUCAUCUUCCGGAUAUGAGUCAUGCUGUAAAUUGAAGAGUUGUGAACUUUACUGCGAAAUAGACCAUUCUCUUUCUUGUCUGAGACACAAUACAUAAAAUUACUUAAAAUAUUGUUAAUUUUUACUCAUUCAAAGGGCAAGAAAAUGGCCAGUGUAGUAAGUGGGAAAAGUGAUGUACAAAGUGUUCUGAGAUCCUGCACAUAUUGAACAGUAUGAAUUCUUUUGAAAAUGUUAGGAAACUAGUUAUGUAGUGCAAAACUCAAUAAAGCUUGCUUUC